CGUUCGUCUGGCUCUCCUGUCGCGGACGACACUGACGAUUCCCCGACUCGAUCUCCAGACGACCAUGGCCAUCCGGUCGAGAAUCAAGAUAAUUCCCGGUCGCAAAUAGCCAGACACGGCACCAGCUUUGACUUGCGCCGCGAUAACGGUAGCUCGACGCCGCGUUCCCGGAACUCCAGUCUGUGGCGCACUCCCUCCUCGCAACCUUCCAACGACACCAAAGCCAUGCCAUUGGACUCCCCGCGCUUGCCCAUGGAGGCUGCCUCCCCUGAUGGCCGUCGCACCCGUCAAUCCCGCCAGAGGAGUCCCUGGUCGAUAUCCAUCCUCACCGCGGUCAUCACUUUCGCCGCUGUUGCCUUUCUCAUCGCGAUCUUUCAGUCGUUUACCGAACGCCAGGCUGGUCACAGUGGCUGUGGUGUCCCCAUGAUGAGCCCGACCUUUAUCCGGAUGCUGGAAUUCGACACUGAACAUACGCGCUUCGCGAGCAAAUACAACCUGUUUCUUUAUCGGGAGGAGGGCGUCGAUCCAUACACGCAGGAUAAUAUCGGGUUAAACGGUGUCCCCGUCCUUUUCCUUCCCGGCAAUGCAGGUAGCUACCGACAGGUCCGAUCCUUGGCCGCCGAGGCUUCGCGACACUACUAUGAUGUGGUUCGACACGAUGAGGACCGACACGCGAACGGCGUUCGUAGCCUGGACUUUUUCAUGGUGGACUUCAAUGAGGAUAUGGCCGCCUUCCACGGACAGACUUUGUUGGACCAGGCCGAAUACGUGAACGAGGCGAUCUCCUACAUCCUGUCAUUAUACCACGAUCCCCGACGAACAAGACGAGACCCUGCACUGCCAGAUCCCAGCGCCGUGGUAUUGAUCGGACACUCUAUGGGCGGAAUUCCAACUCGGUCAAUUCGAUCAUCACCAUGUCCGCGCCGCACGCAAAACCCCCCGGUUUCCUUUGACUCCGAUAUCGUCCACACCUAUAAGCAAAUCAACGACUACUGGCGUGAGGCCUAUUCACAAACAUGGGCCAACAACAAUCCGCUAUGGCAUGUUACUCUGAUUUCGAUCGCUGGUGGCGCGCGCGAUACUGUUGUGCCCUCGGACUAUACCAGUAUAUCAUCUCUCGUACCCGAAACGCACGGAUUCACCGUGUUCACCUCUUCCAUUCCCGACGUUUGGAUUGGCAUGGACCAUCUGUCGAUCACAUGGUGCGACCAGUUCCGGAAAUCGAUCAUCAAAUCACUCUUUGAGAUCAUCGACGCGCGGCGCCCAACUCAAACGAAGCCUCGAGCGGAGCGUAUGCGGGCUCUCAAGCGGUGGUACCUAACUGGCUUGGAAUCUGUGGCCGAGAGGACCCUUGCACAGAAGGAACCAAACACCCUCCUCACUCUCGAGGACAAUGCCAAUACCAUUCUCGCCCAGGGCCAGCGGUUGAUCCUACGCGAGCUUGGCGAGCGACAUGGCCCGGAUGUACGCCUUCUGCCGAUCCCUCCGCAGGGCGUCUCCGGCAAGAAGUUCACCCUUCUUACGGAUCAGACUCUCAGCAGCCAGGGUAAUGUCGAAGUCCUGUUCUGCAGCGUCUUCCCUUUGAACAAUGGUCGCUCAGCUGUCUUUUCGAUGAACCUGGAUUUCUCCGGUGGCACUGUGGGCUCAACUCGCUUGGCUUGCAAGAGUGCGGCAGAGGAUGUUAUCCACCUACCUGCCUCCACUCGCGAAUCGAAGAAACCAUUCGACCCUGUUCCGCCGUUUUCCUACCUCCAAUAUGAUUUGGAGGGCCUUGCUGAGCAUCAGUUUGUCGCUGUUGUUGACAAGGCCAAUGUGCCUACUCAUGGGUUUGUGGUCGCCGAGUUCUCGGACAGCUCGGACUCCAUGCUUCGAGCAAAGGUUGGGCUAGGAAGCUUGUUGAGCGCAGGUCUCAAAAUGCGGCUUCCAGCCAACCGACCCAUGCUCACAGAAGUGAACAUCCCGGCUUUGCAUUCCAGUCUUCUGGACUACCGGCUGAAGGUCACACGCCAUAUUGGAAAGGAUCAGAAAGAAGAACUCUUCGCUCCUCUGCUGCGUCAGUCAAUCUCCGAUCCUCACGAGUCGAAGUUUUUCGUCAACGUGAAUGAAGUCAAUGUCAAUCUACACGGCGUGGCUCCGUUCAUGCCAUCUCCUAUUCGCGAGCACGCUGCCUCGGGCGGUGUGUCAUUCCAGCUAUGGACUGAUCCUAGCUCCGGCUCGACGGUGGAUGUUUCUCUUCAGGUGGAUAUAACCGGCAGUCUUGGUGAGCUGGUGAUGCGAUAUCGGACCAUAUUUGCCGCUUUUCCUCUGCUUGUUGUAGCUCUCGUGCUCCGCAAGCAAUUCCAAAUUUAUGACGAGACAGGCUACUUUAUCCCCUUCACAGACGGACUCGGCCGAGCACUCCGCUCUUCCCUUCCCCUCCUGUUGGUAGCCAUGUCGCUUUUGGCAUCUUCUCUUGCGACCUCCAAGGCUCUCCCUCAGUCCGAUGAUCCGUUCCAUUGGCGGACGAACUCGACUGAGACCCCUCUCGAUUUCACCAAAAACGAUCUUCUCCUUGGAUCCCAGGAUGCAUUCUUCUGGUUCCUUGUCCCGGUCUUCGGUGUUAUAAGUGUUGGUGUUUGUGUUUUGGUCAAUUACGUUACUCUUCUUCUCGUCAACAUUUUCUCCUUGAUUUACGGGGCAGUGCACAGCAAGUCGGGCUAUAUACGGCGCGAGGACCGAGGAAAUCUUCCCAUUUUCAACUGUCCCACCCCCGAACGACGAGUGAUUCACACCGCAGUCCUUCUCCUUCUCGUCUCGACUAUCAUUCCCUAUCAAUUCGCUUAUAUGGUCGCCUGCAUAGUGCAGCUGGCAACCACUGUGCGGGCCCAGUGGCACGCCAAGGAAACCAGGACCACCUCUCACAUUAACUUCGACAACUACGCCCACUCAAUUCUGAUCCUCAUGCUCUGGAUCCUUCCGAUAAAUGUCCUGGUUCUCCUAGUAUGGGCGCAUAACCUCGUGGUUCACUGGUUUAUGCCAUUCUCCUCCCACCAUAAUGUGCUCUCUAUCAUGCCAUUCCUCCUCCUCGUCGAGACUAUGACUAGCGGUGCGAUGAUCCCACGCAUCACAACUCGCUUCAAACACGUCACCUCGACGAUCUUCUUCGCCAUCGCAAUGUACUCCGCUGUCUACGGCGUGACUUACGCCUAUCUCCUCCACCACCUAGCAAAUCUGCUUGCAGCGUGGUUUGUCGGUAUUUAUUUAGUCGGCAACAAUUUCUCUCCGCGCCGAUUAUGGCGCAUAAUUGACGGUGAUGAACCCCCCUCUGAACCGGGCAGUUCACGCCAUGUGAAGAAGAAGCCAUGA